CACAGAACAGUUCACAAAGAAUGUUUGGGUGGUCAAGCUCAAGCUCACCACGUUUCCAGAAAACAUUCCAAUCUUGAAUCAUAACCCGGAAAUUUAUUUGAUGCCUAUGCUAAUAAUAUAAAUAUAAACAUUUCAUCAAAGGCUCAUUUUUUUGGUUAAUUUCAUUCCUUCUUGAUUUUUUUGUUCCUUACAUUAUUCAUUCCUUAUGAUUUGAUUCUUUUGGAAAAUUGAUGGCAUCACAUCUUGCUUAGAAAACCCAGAUCUCAUUUUUGCAUUAGUUUCCUACCACAUUGAGAGUGCUUUAAUCUGCAUCAGUUUUACACUAGAAGGAGCUUGAUCCCAAUCUCCUUCUAUGCUUUCAUUUUCUGAUUGGGAUUCUUUUAGAUCAAAACCAGAGUUAUGGAACAAUUCAGACAGAUUGGGGAGGCACUUGGGAGUUUGAAGGCUGUGAUGGUGUUCCGCGAAAACAUUCAAAUCAAUCAGAGGCAAUGUUGUCUAUUGCUUGAUGUCUUCACCUUUGCAUAUGAGUCCAUUGCAGAUGAGAUCACACAGAACCUGAAAUUUGAAGAGAAGAAUGGCAAGUGGAAGGUUCUUGAACAGCCCUUGAGAGAGAUCCACAAGAUUUUCAGAGAAGGAGAAGUUUACAUCAAGAAUUGCUUGGAAACCAAGAACUGGUGGGCUAAAGCCAUCACCUUGUGCCACAACACAGACUGUGUUGAGUUUCACAUACACAACUUGCUUUGUUGCAUGCCCGUUGUGAUUGAAGCCGUUGAAACUGCAGGAGAAACCUCGGGGUGGGAUCUGGAUGAGAUGCAAAGGAAGAGGCUCAUCAACUCCAACAAGUACAGGAAAGAAUAUAGAGACAUGAAGCUUUUUCAAUGGAAAUUUGGGAAGCAGUACCUCAUUACUCAGGAGUUUUGCAACCGUUAUGACGUUUGGAAGGAAGAUAGGUGGUUUCUUUUAAACAAAAUUCAUGAGAAGAAAGAGUCAGGCACAACAAACCAUGAGAAGAAAUUAAUAGAUCUGCUUUUGAGGAAUCUAGAAAAAUCAGAUUCACUUGAAGAAGGGAAGCUCCUCCCAAGCUCAAUAUUGGUUGGGUCCAAGGACUAUCAGGUGAGGAGAAGAAUGGGGAAUGGAAGUCACUACAAGGAGAUUCAUUGGUUAGGUGAAAGUUUUGUAUUAAGACAUUUCUCUGGGGAAGUCAAUGCUUUGGAGCCUGAGAUCAAUGAACUUUUAUCUCUUUCCCAUCCAAAUAUAAUGGAUUGUCUUUGUGGGUUCACUGAUGGGGAGAAGAAAGAAUGCUUUUUGUUGAUGGAAUUGAUGAGCAAAACCUUAAGCAACCACAUCAAUGAGGUCCAUGGCCCAAGGAAGAGAACACAGUUCUUGCUUCAUGUGGCAGUUGAUCUCAUGCUUCAGAUUGCUAGAGGAAUGGAGUAUCUGCAUUCAAAGAAAUUAUAUCAUGGUGAACUGCAACCUUCAAACAUUCUUGUUAAGCCAAGAGGUACCUCCCCAGAAGGUUACUUGCAUGCCAAGGUAUCAGGGUUUGGCCUGUCUUCUGUCAAGGACUUAAACCAGAAAGGAAACACAAAUCAGAAUGGAACUUUCCCAUUCAUCUGGUACUCUCCUGAAGUACUUGAAGAGCAAGAACAAUCAGGGGGUUCAUGUGCAUCAAACUCCAAGCACACAGAGAAAUCUGAUGUGUACAGUUUUGGAAUGCUUUGCUUUGAGCUUCUAACAGGUAAAGUCCCUUUUGAAGAUAGCCAUCUUCAAGGGGAAAAAAUGAGCAGAAACAUAAGGGCAGGUGAGAGGCCUCUUUUCCCUCUCCAUUCACCAAAAUAUGUUGUCAACUUGACAAAGAGAUGUUGGCACAUUGAUCCCAAUCAACGCCCGAGCUUCUCCUCCAUAUGUAGAGUUCUUCGUUAUAUAAAGAGAUUUCUUGCAUUGAAUCCUGGUUACAGCAGCCAGCCAGAUCCACCAGUGCCACCACUAGAUUACUGUGAUAUGGAGUCUGCACUUUUGAGGAAGUUUCCUUCUUGGGGAAGCUCUGAACCAUCAUCACCAAUAUCAAAUAUCCCAUUUCAAAUGUUUGCUUACCGCGUUAUCGAGAUCGAAAAAUUAAGAACAUCCUCCAAGGAUAACUCUGAAUCUGGAAGUGAUGCUUCAGCCUGUGGUGAAGAACUCGUUACUUCUGGGGAUGAGCCAUUUCUACCUACAACUGAUAAGAAAACUUUACUUGGAUCUGAAACUAUGAGCAGGAGGCUCACACUGUCCAGGAAAUCUCUAGAUUCCAGGACCAAACUGCCAGGUACCCCAAGAGGGAGAAUAGCUAGACCUCCACAAAUGUCCCCUCGUACAAGAGGUCUAAGGGCUAAUUUGGAGAACCACCAAAUAUCAAGUCCAAGAACAAUAAGAAGAGCAUCUUCUGGUCAUGUCUCAGACUCUGAGCUUUCUUAGAUCAUCAGAUUUUCAACAUAAAAUAUGGCUUUUACAGAAACUGAGUAGAAAACUUGAGCAAUUGUAAACUCAAGAUUCUUCUCAUUAGAAAGGAAAGAUUAACAAAAUUAACACAAGUUGUUUAUUCUUAACAUGAGUAGUUUGUAAAAAAGCUU